GCCGGUCAAGCCUCCGUUGAUGAAGAGCCUUGAGAAACUGACGCAUGACCACGAAGAGAAGGCCAAGAAGCUGAUCAAGGCACGCCAUCUGCAUAGCAAAGCCGAGGAGGACGUGAAAGCCCUAGUCGACGGACAUUACCCGAAUGGUAUCAGAGCGUUCAGGUCGCCUAUCCACCAAGUUGAAUUGGACUCGAUUUGGGAUCGGUGCGCGACCGACGCCUACCAGUUCGAUUUGUUGGGCACGGCGUGGACUGUGCCCAAACAGGCAACGCGCAGGGAGGCCAAGAGGAUCAUCCACAUGGCCCACGCCCAUGCGUUGCGCAGCAUCGAUGCCGAAGCCUUGCAGGAGAGCGUGCAGCUGGCCAUGGAACCGGCCUCCAAGCAGCAAUUCAUGAACGAGUGCCAGGGGAUGGUUGACAAGGACGCUGUCUCCCACAUCGCCUCCACGAUCGUCGACAAAAAGUUUUCGAACUUGGACCAGCAGGCCCUUGGUGCCAUGGCUGUGGACGCUUCGGCCCCGAACGAGACGACCACCGGCGACCAGACCGACGCCACCUCGAAGUUC